UCCGCUAAGCCAUUGUAUUGGUCGUGUCGGUCAAAGUCGUCCGAAGGGCAUGAUUUUCCGCGCCUCGUGCCUGUUUAUAAUACACAUAUAUGAGCGAUGUAUAACAGAGACGGAGCAUCGAACGAGACGACCAAAAUCAGUAGCAGCGGAGCACGGACUCCGUCAUUCGAUCGCCGCACGCAGUAUAGUGAUUAGCGAAGCCACCAUAGAGAGAAGCAUCUCGCGGAGUGCGCUUCCUCGUAUCGAUUCGUUUCUUUUUCUCAUUUUUUUUUCGCGCUUGUUUUUUGUUUCUAUUUUUUUCCUCCGUGGUUGAAAUUGUUCCAAGUGUGGCGAAACUUUACAUGAUUCGUGUGGAUUGUUUAAUUUAAAUCACUCGCAAAGCAGCAGCAGCCGCCGCCUCGUUUGCCGACCGUUAUUUGUUUUCGUUUUUCACGGCUCCGGAUAAAGUGUAUGCGAGUGGGUUUGUUGUUCGCUGGUGUGUGUGUGUGCGUGUGUGUUUUGACAGUUAUUAUCGAUAAAAUAUGCGGAUAAAAACCGUACCGAGGCAAGUGCCGCGGCGCCACGAUCUUCACGACUAUCAUCAUCUGCACUGGAGAUCGAGACUGCGCAGCAGCUAUCCCAAGAACGGAGUCGAGCUGCAGUAUUUGCUGAAGAAACGCGUACCCGAGGUCACGAAGCCACACAUCAGGACCAUCAAUUUCACUAAUUACCAGGAUAUCAUCGACGUGGUCGACUUUACGGUUGAUGCACAGAAUGGCACGCAGCAGCAGCAGCCGCCGCCGCCGCUGGAGUGUAAACAAGAGGGAUCAACGACAAUCAAGUCAGAGGUUGUCGAUCUGUCGUGUAAGUCCGUUGGAGCUCUGCCAACCGACAAGUUCAAGGACACGUAUCUCUACCAAAUCAUGACCGAUCCCAACUUCAUGCAGAUUAUCCGUGAGAAGCAGCAGGCCGGGCCCGGUGUUACGUCGACUUGUGCGCCGCUAGUGCAGCCGGAGAUGCUGCAGCAAGCAGCAGCGACCAGGACGAGUCCAGUCAAAGAAGAGUCGUCGUUGGUGGUGUCAACCACGACAACGCAGCAACAGCAAGCCAACGGCAACAGUGGCGACGUCGACGUUGACUCCUGCAAACAAAACAGUAACAACAACCACAACAACAAUAACAACAACAACAACAACAACAACAACAACAACAACAACAACAACAAUAACAACAGUAGUACAUUGUGCCCUUACUGCAAGAAGGACUUUGCGAGCGAGGCCGAACUGAAGAAGCACCAGAACGGCCAGCUCGACGAGCUGACCCAGCAGCUGAGCUGCUGCGCCUGCGGCAAGACCUUCGCCCAGAAGCGCUACCUGCGCUACCAUCAGCGCUCGCACUCGGAGCGCAAUCAGUACGCCUGCGUCAUCUGCACGCGCAAGUACUCGCGCCACGACAAUCUCACGCGCCACAAGAUCUUCCACACGAACCCGAACAAGUUCCCCUGCACCUACUGCGAGCGUACCUUCGCCCGCAAGGACCUGCUCAACAAGCACCUCAAGUGCCACGAGAACAAGUACAAGUAUCACUGCCAGAUCUGCCAGAAGUACUUCAAGGGCCCGAUCACGCUGCACAAUCACACCAAGCUCUUCCACUCAAAUCCGGAGAUCAGCAGCACGUCGAGCGCCGACUCGAGCAUCACCAAUGCGUCCGAGUCCGCUUGAAUUCAUGCAACCAGUCGCUAUCGUAAUAUAUCGUCUGCCGCGAGUGCGCGAUUCAACUUCUUUUCAUUGUUAAUUUUUUUUUGUUGCUUCGAGCAAAUAUUUUUUUUCGAUUUAAUUAUGCGUAUGUAAAUAUAAUGAUUACGCAUGGAAUCUAAAUAAUGUAAUGCUAUACCUAUAAGUCAAUUGUUAAUUGUUAUUUUUUAUAAGGUUUAGUACUUAGCGUUCUACGAAUUUAUUCUCGUUUCUGUGAUUUAUAUAAAAAAAAGAAUUAGUUAAACGAAAAUUUAAUUUUCU